AUGGUCGUGUCAACUUUUGGGCCAAAACGCCCAACUUCAGCCACCAGAUCGGCAGUACCUCGUCAGCGUCCACAGCGAUGCCAACACUCUGAAGGCUGCGGUCGAGCAGAUCCGGCGUCUUGUAACGCCCAGGAUAUCGUCGUUUGCUGCGAUGAACAUCAACAUUCAACUGGAGUCAUCCGGGCCGCUUGCGGCCCAGUAGAGGGAGCCCGCCAACACGCCAAUCCGCCGGUGCCGGUCUUCGCUGCAACUCCUGUUGUCACAGCUCUUGUCACUGCUCCUGUUAUAGCUCCCGCCGUCUUGGCACUCACGCCUUCCGCAGACGCAGCAAGCAAGCUUCUUAAUGCCCACAUCUGCGGUUCUGGUCCGGCCGGUCUGGCUCCUGCUCCAACCCACGCGACUACCCCAACCCCUGCUGCUGCUCCUGCUGCUGCCCUCUUCGUCUCGGCGUCCGCACCUGCGGCUUUUGUCCUGGCUAGUGUGACUCGGCCCUACGACCGCUCCAGCUCCACACUGUCAACAACCAGGGUGUGGGCGGUGUGGCUGAAGACAAAGAUGAAGGCUGGAGGUUUAGUGGUGUGGGCCGCCACACCGCCUCCUGGGGUCAACAUCGCUUCCAGCAUUGAUCAAGGCCGCCUGCUCACAGCGCUCAUCGAACCGUCUCCGCGACAGGUCCAUUUGCCUAUGUCGCGCAAUUCACGAGCAUGGUUGCCGGCCCUAUUGAAGCCGGUAUUGCUGGGAGCCACGCCUAGUGAUUGGUCGCUACGAUCAUUGGAUGCUUUUGAGCGUCUGGUGUUGACCCGAGUCAUGGCCUUGUUCCCAGACCUUGGAGCCUGGCUGCUCAAGCUGCGUGCCAUUCGUCGAGAAGCCCUUGCGGGGGAUCCUAUCUUCGCCAUCGAGAAGCUCAGCAGCCUGCCACAGCCCCUCCAGAGCGAUGAGGACCGAGAUGUGUUGGUCGGCGCUGUUUUGACCCUUGGCACCAGCCUGUAUGCCGCACUCGACAUGCUGCGCGACCUGUUGCCCCAAGACAAGUCGUGCGAUCGCCUGGGCGAGAUCCUGUGUCCAACGCUUGGUCAGCUACUGUCCUCCCUCCAGAGUACGCUGUCUUCGUUCGAACAGCACUCGUGCCAGAGCAAAAAGACUCCGACCGAUCGCACAGCUCCCAGCUGUUGUCGGUCUCGGAGUCCGCAAAAAGCACCGGCCCCUCUUUCUAUCGACCCUGCCCCGCACCCUAGUGGUUCCGAACCAUCCGGGUCCUCAACAUGCUCCACUUCCCGUCCGGACAGCUCCCAGGCCGAGACACACCACAGAAAGGCAAGCGGCCUGGUCCGAGCCAUCCACGCUGAAAUGCGUGUGCAGGCCGCCAUCCAUGUCGCCGUGGAAUCACUUGAGUUCGCCGAGCGUCAGCUGAAGCUUGUCAGGGACCUGCACGCCCUUAAUGGCAGCAAUAUGGAAAUUAUUCAAAAGCACUUCUACGAGGGCUAUAACCGUCUCAUAAUCCGUGCCAUGGACCUCGAGCGACGAGAGCUCGGCCCGGUGCCAGACGCUCCUGUCACCCCAUCUGGUUCAAGUUUUCUUCCACGUCCACUACUGACCGGUCUGCUCGACCAAUCCCCCUUAGAUGUGCGCUGCCGGUCUGUCUCCUUCCAGCAUCCUCUCUCUGUGCCCAGGCCAUCGACAGCUUCCGCAGUUCCACAUGCGGGCAGCGAUGCCUGGGGUGCGAAGUCAUUGAUGCGACGCAACACUGUCGAGGGCCUCAACCAAGAAGCCGAAACCGUCAGGGCCUAA